AUGCCUCCAAAGAUCCAUCCGAACAAAAUGGAACCCGCCCGGUUGCAGCUGGCGCGUCCUUUGCCUCACUUGAUUCAAAGUUAUGGCACAAUGCACCCAUCAGUUUCCAACGACCGCAUAGCUUUGGCAUACAUGGGACAGUGGAACUCGUUCCUGGAAGAGGCUAUGAACUUGUUCCGGUCGACGCCUCUAGACCAUGACGUCCCUAUCCACAAUGAAUCCGAAGUCUACGUUGUGGGUAGUAGACUUGGCCUUUCCGGAAGAUUCGUUCGAAACCUCUGUGAUCCUGUUACGGAAGCACUGAGGCCACUAUCUCAGAAGCCCGUCCGCUUCGGUGAUAUCCAAGCCCUCAUACCCACUGCCCGCGCUGUCCUGGAUAUCGCUUUCGGUCACCUGGAUGCUCAUUUUACUACUUCUACUGGAGAUAUCUAUAUGGUCGGCGAAUACAAGACACCCUGGACGGUGUAUGCUGAUCAAAUGACAAUCGAUUAUCCAAAACCAGAUCCUCAGCUAGAAACACUUAUUGGACAACUUGUAAACAAUAUGCGGGCUGCCCGCGUUAGACAUGGAUUCCUGACCACAUAUAACUACACUGUUUUCGUCAAGAGAGAGAGCGACCUUUCCUUUCUCCUCUCUCGGCCUUUUAGAGACGAUUCGCAAGACCCGUCUCUUCGAGAACUGUUUGUUGGAUUCUGUCUCAUGGCCAUGUCGGAUUCAAAAUACUACGAAAGUCAUCCCGACACCGCGACAAUAUUGAGAGGUACAUCCAGCCCACAAGUACCGCAAAGAGAAUUCAUCCUUCUUUCCGAAGAAUUACCUCCCCCGAACACACCCCAGACCAUCACACCGACCAGCGUGAUUAUGAAAUGCGGCACCUCAACUCCUAUAAUCGUCAAUUGCACGGAAGAGAUUUCAUACCCCGGUAAUCGGCAGGAAAUGCACCCCGGUACCCGGAAAAAGGCAGUGUGGUUAGCCGAAAUCAAUGGUGUUCGAAGAGUAUUCAAAUGCUGGACGGAGUCAGAUACAGAUAGACUGUACGGCUUCGACACUGAAACUGCGGUAUACGAUCGCCUUGACGCAACCCGACCGGAUGGGUAUUACUUUUUCCCCAAGUGCAUCGCAUGGGGAAAGAUCCUGUGCUCGAGUUUGUUCCCAACGGGCUAUGCAAUGAUCUUCGAACACCGGGAGGGCGAAUUACUUUCUGAUAUAUGGCAUACCCUGGACGCAACUGAGCGAGCUCAUGUAAAAGCGGAAUGCUUGAAAGCCAUACAGGCCCUUCGGUCAACCUCUAUUCGUUGGCAUGAUGCGGGUAUGCAUAAUAUUCUGUAUGCAAGAGAGAGUCGGACUGUUACUCUUCUCGACUUCGAGGCCGCUGCGGAAACGCCAGACUCAUCCUUCCGUACAAGUUACGAGAUGGAGAAAAUCUUCAGACCACACUUGGGUUGA